AUGACCGUUGCCGGCCAGGAGGAGAUCCCCAAGACCCAGCGCGCUGCCGUCUCUGACGACGCCUCUGGCUUCGAGAUCCGCGAGAUCCCCGUCACUCAGCCCGACGAGCUUGAGCCCGGACGUGCUCUCGUCAAGGUCCUCUACUCUGGUGUCUGCCACACUGACCUUCACGUCAUCAAGGACGAGUGGCCCCUCAAGCCCAAUCGCCCCAGCAUUGCCGGCCACGAGGGUGCUGGUAUCAUCGUCGCCAUCAACGACCCCAUCUCCAAGCUCAAGGUCGGCGACCGCGUCGGUAUCAAGUGGAUUGCCCACUCGUGCAACCAGUGCGACUACUGCAUCUCCGGUGACGAGCCUCUCUGCGCCGAGGCCAAGUGCUCUGGCAUCAACGCCGACGGCUCUUUCAUGCAGUACUGCCCUGCCUACACCUCGCAGCUCACUAAGAUCCCCGACAACAUCUCCCUCGAGGAGGCUGCCCCCAUCCUCUGCGCUGGUGUCACUGUCUACAAGGCUCUCAAGCGCGCCAAUGUCAAGGCCGGUCAGUGGGUCGCCAUUCCCGGUGCCGGCGGUGGUCUCGGUUCGCUCGCCCUCCAGUACGCUAAGUACAUGGGUCUCUCUACCAUUGCCAUCGACACCGGUGCUGAGAAGAAGGCGCUUUGCGAGAAGCUCGGCGCCUCCGCCUGGGUCGACUUUAAGGAGACCAAGGACAUCGUCUCCGCUGUCAAGGCUGCCACCCCCGACGGCCUCGGCCCCCAGGCUGCCAUCAUUGCCUCGCCCAUGCCUGAGGCUUACCUGAUCGCCAUGGAGUACAUCCGCCCCUCUGGCACCGUCGUCGCUGUCGGUCUCCCCAAGGAGGGCGCCUACGUCAAGGCCGAUGUCUUCUGGACCGUUGCCACCAACAAGACCCUCACCUCGUCUUACGUCGGCAACCGCAAGGACGCCAACGAGGCCCUCGAGAUCGCCGCCGCUGGCCACGUCAAGUGCCCCAUCAAGGUUGAGCCCUUCGACAACCUCCAGUCGGUCUACGACCGCAUGGUCUCCGGCCAGCUCCCUGGCCGUGUCGUCCUUGACCUCUUCAAGUAA